AUAAAAGCCUUGCGAGUCUGUUCAACACAAACAGUUACGAAUUGUUUUACGAAUCACGAUGACUCCGGAUAAAGUGUCCAGUACGUUUAUUUUGCUGGUGCUUUCUGCCCUUGCAAACAGUCAAGAAUUUGCGGAUACCAUAACACCGGUGGCUGCUGCCCAGAGUUUAGAAGUGGAUAUUAAUUGUAAUGGAAAAAGUGCAGUAUGUGUAGGACCGCUUAUGUACAGAAAUUGCCUUCGGACCGCUACAGGGGAAAUGCUUGCCACGGGCGGUUCGUAUGCAUGUCCAAUCAAUUCUCGUUGUGUAAAUGACGGGGCCGAGAUAUGUGUUUCCCUUAAGACCACAACUGAAACACCAUUUAAAAAUACCAACUCAUAUUCAACAAGUGCGGCUGUUGCAACUUUGAAAACAACAUCGAACCCUUUAAAUGCGCAAGAAGAUAUCGAUGCAAAUUUCCCAGUUGAUUCAGAUAUGCCUUUGCAGAACAACAUAAAAAUUACUUCCGAAAAUCUUUAUAAUCAGGCAACUAAUUCCACCGACAAGAAGAUGAACGAAGCGCCAGUCUUUACUGUAGCCAUGGUGGAUUAUGAAAUAACAGAAGCAACCACCUCAACUGAAAAUAAUUUUAAAGACUCCGUCACACCAAGCCAAACAACGUAUUCAACACAUGAAAAUUCGCUCAACGGUAUAAAUGAUGGCGAAACAACAGUUGUAUCUAUAGAUUCGACUGCACCUGUUGAUGCUGUGAAUGAAACAACAGCAAACUCCAUGGAUGAUAUAACCAACGAGCCCGCAGAUUCUACAACUGAAGCUCGAGUUGAUGAAACAACAGUUGUAUCUACAGAUUCGACUGCUGCACCUGUUGAUGCUGUGAAUGAAACAACAGCAAGCUCCAUAGAUGAUAUAACCAACGAGCCCGCAGAUUCUACAACUGAAGCUCGAGUUGAUGAAACAACAGUUGUAUCUACAGAUUCGACUGCUGCACCUGUUGAUGCUGUGAAUGAGACAACAGCCAAUUCCUUGGAUGAAGUAACCAGCGACACCACAGAUUACACAACGGAAGUUCAGGUAAAUGAAUCGACAGUUAUGUCUGUAGAUUCCACAGCUGCCCCUGCUGACGAAACAACAGCAAACUCCAUAGAUUAUAUAACCAACGAUCCGACAGAUUCUACAACAGAAGCUCAAGUCGAUGAAGCAACAGUUGUAUAUGUAGAUUCGACCGUCACAGCUGUUGUUGAUGAAGCUAUAAGCGGCGCGGUAAAUGAAGCCCCGGCUAGUAAAACUGCUAUUAUGUCUGAGAAUUCGACAUCUGCUUCCAUUAGAGACGAGACAUCUGCCCAUCCAGCAGAUAAAUUUACGAGAAAUUCUACUGACUUUACAUCUGAAACUGAAAUUAAUGAAGAAGAGGUUGACUCUGUGGAUAUGACAACUGCCUCUGUACAUACUCCAGGCGAAACAACAACAAAUCCCAUAGCUGAAAUUACCAAAGGUUUUGAGUGGUCCACCACUAAUACUCUAAUCGAUGAUAAAACAGUUGGCUCUUUAAAUACCCCUGCAUCCGGAAUAAGUGAUGGUAAAACAACAAUAAACUCUAUAGACAUAGCUACGAAUGGUUUUCCGGCUUUUACGUUUCCAACACAGGUUGACGACAUGAUCACAACGUCUAGAAAUUCGACCGAUACACCCAUAAACCACAAAGGUCAAACAACGGUUAGUUCUUUAGAUGCAACUAUUAGUAAUUCAAGUGGCUCUACAAUUCAUGCUCCAGUUGGUGAACUCACGGUUAGCUCUGUAGACACUGCAGAUGCCUCUGUACAUACUACUGUUAAAGCAACAGUAAGUCUCUCGGAUGAAACCUCCAAAAACCUCGUUGUUUCCACAGCUCCGGCUGACACCGAUGAAAAAAUAAUCGCAUCAGGAACCUCAAUCGCUGACCCUAAAGAUCCCGUCGAUGAAACAACUUCUACUGUUUUCACGAACAGCCUUACUAUGUUAAAUUCGAAUGGUGUUGCACCUGAUUCCUCUAAGCCUCUACCUACAUGGGGUUUCAAUGGCCACAAUUUCGAGUUAAAAGAAAUAGAGAAACUGAACUCAAAUGACGAUUCAAAGGAAAACUCUGAAAAGCCCAAGCAAUCUUCGGAAAAUCUGCAAAAUUCAAGUGAAGAGGAAAAAGAAAAAAAACGGGACGAAAAAGACAGAAAGGAGGAGGAUAUGAGAAAGGAAAUAUUAAAACAACUAAAGAAAAAACAUAAAGAUAAUAAGGAAAACGAAAACGAAAGUAUGAGCGACAGUGAAAGUGAAAGCGAAGAAGAAAUAGCUAAAAAAAAGGCGUGGGAAGAAAAAGAUAAACGGGAAAAGGAAACGAAAGAAGAAAUGGAGAAAGAAAAGAAGAAAGAUGAAAAGAAAGAGAAAGAGAAAGAGAAAGAGAAAGAGAAAGAGAAAGAGAAAGAAAAAGAGAAAGAAAACGCAAUAAAAGAAACACUUAAGAAACUGCGUGAUACCAAAAAGAAGUUUAUUAAGGACUUUAUGGAGGUACUACGCAAAGGUAAUUGUGAAGAGGAUAGAGUUUAUCCGAAUUUCAGAGACUGUCGACGAUAUUAUCGUUGCGUGGAGAGGCGAGAGAGAAUGAGAAUGGUUCAGCUACGAUGCGAACGCGACAAAUAUUUCGAUUUAAAAUCUGGAAAAUGUCUUGAUAGAAGUGAGGCCAUUUGUCCAAUCAAAUAUGAUUAAUUUGGCAACGUUUUCCUAGAACAAUUAUACUAUUUCAACUCUAAACAUUGGAAUUGUUUUUUUU